AUGGCGGACGAGGGGGAGACUUCGGUGCUCGGGGCAGUGCUAGAUACGCGACAGCUCGAGGCGUUUGGCCGCAAGGUGACAGCCACCGCCGGACAACUAAUGGGCGGCGAAGAAACAACAGGACAGUACAACAAUGCCAUGCGGAGCAUAUCGAGGACCAUGCGUCGACCAGCCCUCCAGCGCUCAGUUUUCUCCUUUACCCAACAAGCUCCCUCUGAACUCAUCAGAGCACGGGUCGCCCCCACUGAGAUCGCCCAUCGAGCCAUCACCUACAUCUCCGACGAGCAGCUCAGCAACAUCCCCGAUGAUGACAAUACAUACUCGCUUUUUCAGGGCUUUCAAGCCUCUUUGCCAGAGGCCGACACCGAGCACAGGAAAGGCCAUAGGCGGCGGGCAUCCAAGCAGAAACUCCUUGGUGCUGUCGAUCUAGAAGAAGAUGGACCGCCAACGAUACAAAGCGUCAAAAAGAAGCGAAAUGCUGUGAACCACAGACUCGAGAUGAUGGGUAUCCGAAAGAACAUGUGUGCUACCGAGAUCAGGGAGAUCGAUAGCAAGAUCGCCAAUCUGCACGCUAUGCGACAGAUCGUGCUUGAGAGGCUGGCCAGUCUAGAGGACGAGGAGGGAGAGGUGGACAAGGAGCUACAGGAUCUCGACAACAACAUUGAGGACAUGCAGGAUGAUCUUGAUGCUCAGAUGGAGGCGGCAUCUAUCGCCGAAACGCAGGAUCGACCCGUGACGCCCGAGUCAACAGGCGAAGACCCGUCAUUCAUGUCUGAAUCCAUCUACCAAAAGCUACCCUCAUCAUCAGUCACACCCUCACCCAAAUCGCGCCGCCGCCCAAAGUACACUAAACGAAAAUCCAUGCCCGUCCUCCACGAGCACCUCGAAUCAGGCACCAACCUCAAAACCAUCCCAGCACACACCGACAUUAUUACCGCCCUCGACUUCGACCAGCCAUUCGGCACCAUGGUCACCGCCGCCCUCGACGACACCGUCCGCGUCUGGGACCUCAACCUAGGCCGAUGCAUGGGCUUCCUCGAAGGCCACACGGCGUCCGUCCGCUGCCUGCAAGUGGAAGACAACAUCGUCGCCACCGGCAGCCUCGACGCCACUAUCCGCCUCUGGGACCUUUCCCAAGCGAGGUACGAGCCCCACGAACACAAAUCUACCUAUGAUGAUCCCAGCCGCGCCGACGAGGAAGACGAAGAGGCUGCACUCGGUUUUGGGAAUGAGCACGAAGACGAGCCUCCUCCACCCCCACCGGACGCAAUGGCGGAUUGUCCACUUACUGUGCUGGAAGCUCACAUCGACGAAGUCACCGCUCUGCACCUCCGUGGCGACACUCUAGUGUCUGGCUCCGCCGACAAAACUUUGCGGCAAUGGGAUCUCGUAAAGGGUCGCUGCGUGCAGACCCUAGAUGUUCUCUGGGCUGCGGCACAAGCCAGUGCUACCAUCAACACUAACCCAACCUCAACAUCGGAACCGCAAUGGCGACCAUCAGGUCGCGCCGCCGACGCAACCGCGGACUUUGUCGGCGCACUACAGGUUUUCGACGCUGCGCUGGCGUGUGGGACAGCAGAUGGGAUGGUCCGGCUGUGGGAUCUGAGGUCAGGCCAAGUCCACCGAAGUCUGGUGGGUCAUACGGGCCCCGUGACGUGUCUGCAGUUCGAUCAGACGCAUCUUGUGACGGGGAGUGUGGAUCGGAGUAUUCGCAUAUGGGAUCUCCGCACAGGCAGUAUUUACGACGCCUUCGCCUACGAUAAUCCAAUAACCUCAAUGAUGUUUGACUCGCGGCAUAUUGUUGCGGCUGCCGGGGAGGACGUGGUUAAGGUUUAUGACAAGACCGACGGGCGGCAGGUAGAUGUUGGUGUUGGAGCCAACCUGUCAGUAGAAGACCGCAUGAAUGAGAAUACAGGGCGAGGUGUGGUUGAGCGGGUCCGAUUGAAGGACGGAUAUCUUGUUGAGGGACGGCGGAGUGGAAGCGUUGGGGUCUGGACUGUUUGA